UGAGGACGGGCGGGCGCUUUCUGCGCCUCCCCGUUAGUGCCAGCCCCGAUUGUCGUCGACCCUCGGGCCUGAGGCAGCCAAGGGACCUGGGGGGGACGACCAUGGAGCUUGGCUCAGCGGGCGUGCAGCGCCGCGCCUGAGGCUGGGCCGCGCCUCCGGUAGCGCCAUGGAUAGCCGGUGCUAUGGAUGCGCGUCCAAGUUCUCUGUCUUCAAGAAAGAGUGUGGCUGCAAGAACUGCGGACGGUCGUUCUGCUCGGGCUGCCGGAGCUUCACUGCUGUUGUUCCCCGCUGUGGAAACACGCAGCAGAAGGUGUGCAAGCAGUGUCAUGAAAAACUAACUGGAGAGGGAUCUCAAAGCAGUUCAGCAAAAUGGUCACCACCAGAAAACUACAAAAAGCGUGUAGCAGCUUUUGAGGCUAAGCAAAACCAGCUGAAAGAGCAACAGAAAGCAGCUGCAAAACCCCCAGUUCGAGCAGGCUCCAGAUACCAGGGGCUCUCAAAAGAGGAUAGAGCUAUUGCAGAGAGACUGGAGAGGCUCAGGGAGGAAAGGAAACCGAAGUCCAUCCCUACUCAGGCUGAGAUUGAAGCUAGGCUGGCUGCCCUGAAGGAGGAUGGCCGGGGACCUAUUCCAUCCACAAAGGAGAUGGAGGAUCGGUUGGCUGUCCUGCAGGGAAGAGAUCCUCCUUCCCAGGCUCGCAGACCUGUACACCAGCCUCCUGAUACCAGAAGUCUGGUCCAGCAGACAGAUGACCUGUUAACUCAACUAUCUGAGGAAGUUGCCAUUGAUGAGCAUUACAGACCAAGAGUUCAGCCUCAAGCUGUUAGUAGCCAAAGUUUGAAUGAUCUCAAUCGGGAAAGUGAAGAUUGUGUUUGCCCUGCAAAUCUGGACCCAAAACAGCUAGAGGAAGAGAAGAACAAACUUCUGGCAGAAGCUGCUGCUGAGCUGCAGGAAGAGAAUACUAGACAGGAGAAGAUCUUACAGGUUGCCAAGAGACUGGCAGCACUCAAAGGCGAGGACCCAGAGAAAGUUACACUGGAAAACUAUAAACUUCCUGACAGUGAUGAGGAAGUGGCUGAGGAGGAAGCUAUUCGCAGAGUGCUAAAACAGGUCAGAAGUGGCAGCUGUGGCCUUGUUUAUCUUCCUCUCAGUUACCAGCUCACAGAGGAAGCAGCCCUGGAUGAAGCAAGUGGAUUCAACAUUCCUCCAGAUCAGACCACCCAACCAGGACCCUCACAACAGAACCUGUGUAAGAAAGCAAAGCAAAAGAGCCUGACUCCAACGACCACAGCUCUUGCCAGGGCAGAUAGUGAUGAGGAUGAGUUACCUUGGUGCUGUAUCUGCAACGAAGAUGCCACUUUGCGCUGCCAUGGCUGUGAUGGGGAUCUCUACUGCCAGCGCUGUUUUCAGGAAGGCCAUGAUGAGUUUGACCUGAUGGACCACCAUACCUCCCGCUAUCAUCUUCCUUGCAAGCAGAAGUAAUCACAUUCUUCAUGGGCAGUAAAGGAGCUGGAGAAUGGGAAAAUAGAGGAGCCGGCCAGAUGGGAGGAAGAAUCCAAGUGGAUUUGCAGCCAAAACGGGUGAUGUUUUGGACAGUUAAAGGAUGUGCUGUAAUCUGAGAGGUUUGGAGGGUGUAUGACUUUGUCCUCACAAAUACUCCAGAGAAGUGCAGGGUUUGCUGUGUAUGCUUGGGAAUAAAUGAGGAUGUGGAUACAAGUCCAUAAAUACAGACGGUAAGGCAAUGUGGGUUGCAGUAAAGAUGAGUGUUUAAGGCAGUACUGACUGGCUGAUAAGUAACUUCCUGCUUUUGCUAACAGCUUACACACUGGUUCAACAGGCAGCAAAGCACUUUGCACUGAGAAAACUGUCUACUUUGUGAUCACGUGUGUGAUGAGAACUUUCAAAGUGUAAUAAAAAUUAUUUACAGAG